GAUAGGCCAAGACUCCUUGAUGACAUCAUCUGGAAGGAGCAUAAAAGCCUUUUUCGAAGUCCUAUGUUUCACAAUGACUGAAUCCCAAAGGCUGAAGCAGGCUGGCUACGAAGAGGAAGGGGACUUGUAUCUCCUCUACGGAAAAAUCUUGUGUCAGCUGGCCAAUGCCUAUUUGCGACCGCCGGCAACCUGGCUUUGGGGUUCCUACGACCCAGGUGAUCCCAAUUGGUGGAUGUCGGAGGAAAAUAUAUACCGAAAUGCCGCGAUAAGUCUCCUGCACCAUAUCGAGUGCUUGGCUUGUUUGACAUAUGCCGACCAGUACCGACGAUACGAGGUGCAUGGGGUGUGUGCUCACUACAUGUUGUUGACCGAAGGCGGUACACGUUGGCUGGAUGAGCCCCGAUGGCAGUGGUUCGGUCUCUGUAACCACGAAAUGGCCGAGAUCUAUCACGCACGGGGGGUGAUUUUGAAACUUUCAGCGGAGGCGUUACACGAGUUUAGGAUCCGGUGGGAUGGCGCCAGUCUCGAAACCGCCAUGAGGAAGGAACGCGAGGCCGCACAGGAAAUGUACUACGCAAAGCAGUUGCACCAGGAAAACGAGCUUUACGACCGGCUCUUUCUCGAGUAUGCUGGCCGUUCCGCAGAAUUCUUUGGCCCGGAACAUCAAUAUCGUUGUUGGUCCUUCAAUUACACUGAUGUCACCGGCCAGCCCCAACAAUGGGUGGGUGACUGGAGAAUGGUGAUGAGUUGGGGAGGAACCUCGGUCCUCCCAUUUCUUCCGCUGGCACAGAAAAGCUUUGAUGACAUAUUCGGCGAAAAUGAAUGAUACAGU